AUGGGAAACGCUGUCUUUGCUACCAUUUCUUGGCUUAUGGGUGGUAUCACCUCCUAUCCCAGACGAGACUGUCGUGUCCGUCUGGACUGUGGGGCUUCUUUUUGUUGGUGUUUCCUUAUGCUGGCCUGUUCCUUUCCUCCUUCGUGGAGGAAAUUAAAAAAAAUGGGUAAGGAAUCCUCAAAACAAAUAGACAAUACGCCGAGGCAAACCAGGAGGAACCGGCGCUUCUUGGUAGUCCGUUUGGAUUACUUGUCGCGCCGGUUCUUCCUGACGGGGGGGACUCCUGCUUUCUGCUUUUAUGGAGGAAAAUUGGCAGGAGUUCCUCCGGGUCGGCUACUUUGAUAUGGAAGUAGUCGGCCGUGGACAGGGGCCUGAAGUAUGACCCUUUUCAUCUCCUGGUAGACCGGGUGAAGUAGUCUCCCAUCCCUUCUUCUGCCUAUGGCUCUGGCUCCUCCUCUGUAUUUGUCUGCUCUUUCUCCUCAGUUUAUUAUUCGCCUCCCACUCCUUUAAAAUAAAUCGUUUCUUUUUCCCUAAA